AAAAAAUUGUACAAUUUUAUCUAAUAAAAUAUUAAUGUUUCAACUAUUAAAAAUACCGUAAUUACUUUAAAUCGAAUCAUGGAUACGGAUAAACUCAACCACGAGCUUCAAAUCUUCCGGAACCACGUGAAAAUCGCCCGGGAGAACAUCAUGCACAAGCUGGUCCGGGACGUCCGCUUCUGGAAGGCGAAACAUGAUUCAAAUGCGGACAAUAAACGAGCCGCAAAGAAGCUCGAAUCGUUGGAAGCGUUGAUGGGUCACAUAAAGGCACUGCCGGCGUCGGAACUGGCCAAAGCCGUCAUCCGGUUCAAUCCGAAAAAGAGUGCGGGUGGGACGGGUCUGGAGGAACGAGCGCUGAUGCGGUUCCACGAGAACAAGAAAUUGCUGCCGGAGGUGAGGGCACUGAUACGGAGGUUCGGGUUGUCUAGCAAAAUGGAAGUGCUGGAUAAGUAUCUGAAAAAUCGAGACGAUGCAAAGAAGGACAAGGGUGGAAAGAAAGCUAAGAAGGUCAAGAAGCGGGAGAAGGUUCAGAAGAAGGUGAAGCAAGUCGUGGACCAGGAAUCCGAGGAUCAAGGAUUCUGCGAAGCUGUUGUGGAAAACGGAGAGUCAGAGGGAACCUCGUCGGGGUCGGAUUCUGAAGAGGAUGAAGGGAAGGAGGAAGUUGGGAAGUUUGUAAAAUUGACGCCCGCCAAAGAGAAGGUUUCCUCGGAAAAAGUUGAAGAGAAGCGGACUAAAAAGGAACAGCAGAAACAAAAGACAAAGAAAGAAUUCAAAUCUCCAGAAGAAGAGGACAGCGAGGAUAAGUGCGUUCAAUUUCAAGAUAGCUUCUUCGUAACGAGCUCUGGUCAGAAUUAUGUGGCCACGGCACCGGUUAUCGAUAAGAAACAGCAGCAGCAAGAAGAGGAGGAGGAAUAUAGCUGGAAGCGAGCUAAUAAGCGAAAAGAAAUGCUCGGAAAGCGAGAUGAACGACCUCAGAAGCGACCAUUCGGUAAGGAUGCACAAGAAGAUGGCGAUAUUCAUCCUUCUUGGAAGGCGAAACAGCAACAGAAAGGAAUCAAGCCAUUCCAAGGUCAUCGCAAAUCAUUGGCCGAACAAGCCGAACACUCAGAAGAACUUCAUCCGUCGUGGGCGGCCAAGCAGAAACAGCGCAACUUGCAACCUUUUGCUGGAAAAAAGAUCAAGUUCGACUCGACUGACAACGCGGAGAUCGUGUCCCCCGCUGGAGAAGACCUGCACCCUUCCUGGGCGGCCAAGCAGAAGCAGAAGGGACUGAAACCGUUCCAAGGGAAGAAGACUGUUUUCGAUUCCGGUGAACAGGUGGUGCAAUCGAAACAGCCGGAACCAGCGGAAGAUAUACAUCCUUCCUGGGCGGCUAAGCAAAAGCAGAAGGGACUGAAACCGUUCCAAGGGAAGAUUGUUUUCGAUUCCGGCGAACAGGCAGAUCAGUCACGUAAGCAACAGGAACCGGCGGAAGAUGUCCAUCCUUCGUGGGCAGCCAAGCAGAAGCAGAAGGGACUGAAGCCGUUCCAAGGAAAAAAGAUUGUGUUCGAUGCGGAUGAGGGCCGGCGUGAAACGGUUACUCAAGUGGCGCCGCCGACCGAUCUGCACCCAUCCUGGGCGGCCAAGCAGAAGGAGAAGGGAAUCCAGCAAUUUCAGGGGAAGAAAAUAACUUUCGGUGACUAGGGGUCUGGAAUGUAGAUAAGGUAAGUGCAUUUUGAUUGCUUAAAAAGUCAAAAAAGAAAGUGCAUCAUUCAUCUUCUAAAAAUAACUUUAUUAUUUUAAUCUAAUGUUAAACUUCGAAUGGAAUAAAUACGUUGCAAGAUCA